UCUGAAUACAGUGACAGCUCAGUGUACCUUCCAUCUGACCAUGAUCACAGAGAAGCUUCUGUUCAGCAGCAUCACCGUCCAGCUCGAGAAUCUCAACUCCCAGGAGUUCCUGACUCCAAAGAUCAACCGUUUCAUCGACGCCCUCUCCAACAUCAUUCCAACGCAACGCAACAUGGUCUAUGUCUUCAGCAUCAAAGACCAUGAUCUAGUGACAGGCCCUCCAAUCCUCAACGUGUCCUUUGCCGCCCAACAUCAGGACGGGACCUUCUUCACGUCGCAGUACCUCCAGGAGAGGGUAUACCUGAUGCGAGCGACACUCUCGGAGGUCUCGACAGCGACUGUGCUCCCGUUCGGCGACAACCUUUGCCUUUAUGAGAUCUGCAGUGGGGAGGACUAUGAGCUGUACACCCGUUGUCUCUCUCCUCUCUCGUUCUGGAGCUCGUCCGGUUUUAUAGCAACGCAGACGGUCAUCUUCCGUUCCAUUCAUCCAGAGACUCUGUAUAAGUGCGAAUGUCCGCCGGGGUUCACUGGAAACUACUGUACAACAGAGAUCAACUACUGCUACUCCAACCCAUGCAGCAGUAAUGGCCAGUGUGUACAGAAAGAAGCUGGGUACACCUGUGUUUGCAAGGAGAACUUUGCAGGUCCGAACUGUGAAUUUGACUUCAGCGAGGGACGAUGCACGGACAAUCUCUGUAAGAACGGAGGGUCUUGUCGUAACUUCCUGCUGGGUGGGUUCGAAUGUGUCUGUUCUGGACCAGAGUUUGACGGACAGCUUUGUGAGAUUCGAACGCGGAACUUCCCCGAAAGCUCCUUCCUGAUGUUCCGGUCAUUAAAUCGACAAAUCCGGUUUCAGAUGUCAUUAAGUUUUGCCACCAAGGUGGAUAACGGCCUUCUCUUCUACAACGGCCGCUACAACCAGAAGCAUGAUUUCAUCGCUCUGGAAAUAGUCAACGGGCAGGUCCGCUUCCUGUUCUCGGCCGGCGAAGUUACUAGCGUCGUGACCGCAUCCAUCCUUGGUGGCGUUAGCAACGGUGAAUGGCAUAAGGUGAUGGUGGACUACCAUGAGAGGACUGCGACUUUGAUAUUAGACGAUUGUAAUGCUGCCGUAUCGCUAGAACAUGCGAUGGAUCUUGGAAACUACUCCUGCGCGGCAUCGGUAACACAAGCUGGGAAAAUGAGAUUUCUGGACAUGAAUGGUCCUCUCUUAUUGGGAGGCCUUCCAAUGCUGCCUGAGGACUUCCCCGUGGUCAACACAGACUUUGUAGGCUGUAUCCAAGACGUCUACAUAGACAGUGAGCUCUUAGACAUGGCCACAGCGACCAACCUGGAACCCAUGGGAGACACGUUACCGGGGUGCUCUCAUCUACAGGACUUCUGCUCCAGCAAUCCGUGCGGGAUUGAGGGCGGUCGAUGCUUGACCGAAUGGAAUGGGUACAGGUGCCUCUGCCCAGACGGAUGGGGCGGUCGGAAUUGUCAGGAAGAAUACGAAGACGUGGUGUCCUUCCAAGGUAACGGGAUGUUGACCUUCCCAGCUCAGAGUUCACCCAUCACCAUCCCAUGGUUGAAUCGUGUAGUAUUCCGCACUAGAGAUAUCAAUGGAUUGCUGCUCAACAUUGAGUUAUCCUCUUCAAUCAACAUACAAAUAGAGAUUGACUCUGGUGAGAUACUCUACCGCACCUCUUCAUUGGCAGUCAAGUUGGAUGGUGUUGUGGUGAAUGACGGCGAAUGGCACGACUUCACUGCCGAGUGGAAGAACAACCAGAUUGUCCUAACACUGGAUUUUGGCAAACACACGAAAUCUGUCGCGGCACAGGACACCAUUGCAGACCAGACAGUCACCCUCAUUCAAGCCGGUAGCUUACUGAAGAACGACGACAGUCUUUGGCGUGAAUUCACUGGCUGCAUGCAAGGAAUGAAGGUUGGAGAUGCGGUCUUGGCCCUGGCAGACAGCGAACAGCUGAAUAUCCAAGUGGGAUGUGAUCAGGUGGAUGUCUGUCAGUUUGCCAUGUGCCCAGACUCUAGUGUCUGCAUGGAUCUGUGGGGGAAACAUGAGUGUGUUUGCAGACAAGGUCAUUAUGGUCCAGUUUGUACCAGCGCCUGUGAUCUCAACGUCUGCCAGCACGGAUCACAAUGUCUCCCCUCUAGAAACUCUCCUAUCGGCUACAUCUGUAAGUGCUCGGAGCAGUACUACGGUGAUCACUGUGAACACAGAGUGGAGGAAUGUGACGAGGACUGGUGGGGUUUUAAGAUCUGCGGACCGUGUGAAUGCGAUGAAGAGAGAGGCUUCAACUCGGACUGUAAUAAGACGACCGGCGAAUGCUACUGUGAGGAAUAUUCGUACCAACCUGAAGACAGUGAUACCUGCUUCCCAUGUAACUGUUUCCAUGAGGGAUCCUUUGGUCCUGAAUGUGAUGGACGGACCGGUCAGUGCCAAUGUAAGAGGGGUGUCAUCGGAAGGGCCUGUGAUUCCUGCGUAGAUCCUUAUGCUGAGGUUACAUUGAGAGGCUGUGAAGUGGUGUAUGAUUCCUGUCCGAAGAGGUACGCAGAGGGUAUCUGGUGGCCCAAUACCAAGUUCAACCAGGUUUCAAUGGUAAACUGUCCUACAGGGUCUGUCGGUAAAGCAUCGAGGGAAUGCUCAUUGGAUAAUAACUGGCUCAAACCAGAUCUAUUCAACUGCCUGUCUGAGGCGUUCCAACCACUAGAGGAUAUGUUGUCCGAGCUCCAGCACACCAAGCGUCUGAACCCUGACCUGUCCUUCAGAGUAGUCGAGAAGGUCCACCAGGCCACUCAGGAGACCCAAACCAUGUAUGGUGGAGACGUUAACAUCACCUACAAUGUACUGAUGAUUGUACUCAAUCAUGAGAGUAAACAAGAAGGGCUGAAUGUAACGGCUGCUAUCAAGAGCUCUUUUACCAAGAACAUCGUUGAGAUCUCCAGCCACUUGCUGGACCCCAAGAACAAAGAGCACUGGGAAGUGAUCCAGAUGCAUUCUAAAGGUGUCUCGGAGGUCAUGUCAGGGCUGGAAGCCUUCGGUGCUAACAUCGUCAGAACGCCUGACUACCAGUACACCCCAGAGUUCUCCAUUGUGUCCCAACAUAUUGUUAUGCACCAUGACGUCAUCCUGCGCGAGAACUUCACCUCCACAGUGAUCCCCCAGUACGGAAUGGUCCAAUGGGAUAACGGGAUCGAGCGGGAUACCAACCAGAUUCACUUCCCGGGUAACGCUAUCCAGCCCAAGCCCGAGGUGGAAGACCCCACGCAGAUCUCGCUCCAGAGUAAGGUCGCCGUCACGUGCUACAUCAAGUACAACACCAUUGGUCAUCUGCUGCCUAACCAAUCAGAUGAAAGUGUUGAAUCAGCAAAGGGAUCCGUUGGUCAAAUCAUCAACUCACCGGUCAUCUCACUCUCCCUGUACGAUCAUCUGGCAAGCGAGAGCAGUGUUCAUGACCUGGUGACCCCUGUUAUCUUUGAGUUAAGAACAGACGGAGGUUCUAAUCAACUUAAUCCUCAGUGUAUCUUCUGGAACUUCUCUUUGUUUGAUGGUGUGGGAGGAUGGUCAUCCAAAGGCUGUACUGUGGAUUCUGUCAAUGAUACCCAUGUCAACUGUUCCUGUAAUCAUCUCACUAACUUUGCCGUCAUCGUAGACAACUAUUAUGCCAGGGAGUAUCUCCAGCAGCCUCUAGCUCUUCAGAUUGUCUCCUAUGUUGGUUUAGGUGUGUCCAUCAUGGCUCUGGUCUUCACCUUCUUCACUCUACUCUGCAUUCCACGACUACACUGUAAUCUGAACAGCAUCCACGUCAAUCUAGUCUUUACGCUCAUUACUGCCGAGGUCACAUUCCUUGUGGGCAUCAACACGGAGAACAACAUUGCAUGCACCAUUGUUGCGAUCUUACUCCACUAUGCCCUCCUCAGUGCCUUCGGCUGGAUGUUUAUCGAGGGCAUUCAUCUGUAUCGUAUGAUGACUGAAGUACGUAACAUCAAUCAGGGCCCAAUGACAUACUACUAUGUCAUUGCGUAUGGUGUGCCUGGAAUCAUCGUGGGGCUAGCCGUACCACUGAGCGAGACUAACUAUGGGCAGCAAGUCAAUGUCAACAACCAACACUUUUGUUGGCUGUCUAUCGAAGACAUCUUGAUAUGGAGUUUUGCUGGACCAGUACUUGCAGUUGUUUUGAUGAAUCUCGCUGUUUUCAUAAUGGCAAUCAGAGUCACCUUGACAGGAACAACCAAGAGCACAGAGUUCCAAAGCACCAAGCCAAUGUGGUCUGGGUUGAGAUCAGCAGGAAUCCUCCUUCCUCUCCUGGGUAUCACAUGGGUGUUUGGCCUGCUGGCCGUCAACCAAGACAUGGUGCUUUACCAGUACCUCUUUGCUGUCUUCAACUGCCUACUUGGACUCUUCAUCUUCUUAUUUCACUGUAUCCUUAACACCAAGGUACGGAGGGAGUGGUUGAGAUGCUGUCUGGGUAUGCAAGGCAAGAAAGUACAAUUUGAUGAGAGUGUCAAUACCUCGCGGUCAGCGUUAUCCUACAGCAAGACAGAGAAUCAGUUCAGGCACCACAUUGGUAUCUCAACUGGAUCCAUUGGUAGCAGUCAUGGAAGCAGAAGCACUAAAGCAAGCACCAGACCGGAAGGUUAUCUACGCAACACAGCCAGCACCUCGACUACAUCUCCAUCAGCCCAUGAGUAUGUUCCAUCUUACUACAACUACAAACCAAAGGUUACAAACCUGGACGAUCCCGAUAACUUGACUCUACUCAACCCUCAAAGAAACAACCUACUAGACUGGGACUAUGACUUCAGUGGUAGUCACACAGUGACUUUGAGUAAUAGCCAUAGCCGUACUAAUAGCCGUAGUCAGAGCUGUGUGAGUCAGGGGCGUCAGAGCCAGCGCAGCCACCGUGAUGAUCAAGAUUCUGAUUCUGACAGUGACGCUUCAAUCCAGAGGAAUCGUGACAGCAUGUCAUUAGCUUCAUCUCACUCCUCGGAUGAAGAGGAAGAAGGGGUGGAUCUAUGGAAGACAGGCCCCACAAAGGUCAACCUUCCAGAUAAUAUUACCUCCCAUGGUUUAGGACCAAUACACAGCACACCAAAAGGUGUCACAGUCCUACCUCCAGAUAACAUUGACAUCAAGAGGAAGUGGCCAGGGGAGCCCUACAUGGGUGAGAUGGAGACCAAACCGACCCAGCGAGCAGAGCUGAGUAUUCUAGAUCCUAGGUUCCCGUUGGAUAAUGAUCGGGAUAACAGCGUGACAGGGAGUGUCACUGGAAGUGUCAAUGGAAGUAUAAACGGGAGCAACCGAAACUUGAUAGUUUCCCACGUCUCGGCCCGACCUGACAUCCUCCCCUUGAAGGGGAUCAUGAAGACCCCUGGCUCAUCCCACAAGGGAUCAUCUCAUGGGUCAGGAUCAGGAUCAGGUUCUAAUGCUAGCCUGACUAAGAUCCCGAUGUCACUGACGACUACCCCGGAUAAAUACGGACCGGGUCUGGGUAUUCAGUUCCCUCCAGAGCAAAGGAGUCAAGACUCAGAAUCAGAGAUUAUCUACUGAGCUUACUGGAUUACUCCAAGGAUUAACUCCACCCUAUAAAGACAUGACUGGAUGGAAGACAUUGGGAUUAAUAAAGGGAGAUUAAAGCUCAAGUUUGGGUGGAUGUUUGAAUCAGAAUUAAACAGAAUGAAUAAACACCCCAUGCCUUAUUUAAAAAGUCAUGCGCUAAAUUAUUGUAAUUGCAAAUGUGUUAAAUGUUGAUCACAGUGGGAAGAAAAAAUUCCAUGUGGCUUGUUGGUUAUUAAAGUCUCUCUGGUGUGGAAAGUGAUGAUGUCAUAAAACAGUGUAUCCAAACCGCUAUUAUUUUGUUGUUGUUGUUGUUGUCGUUGUUGUUGUUGGUUGUUUGCACAAGCUUUGAUUUAUCAGCACAUGGUCAAGAAAUGGAGUUUGUGUUGACGCAGUUUGUUUACUUGAAUAUCUGAUGAUCUAAAAGAAGUCGUUAUAAAACACUCAGUAUUGAUGCUUCUGUUUUAGAUUUAAAGGCUAAAGUAAUGAAAGUUGUCAACAUAAACUAAUUUCACUGACUAUUGCCAGAGCACAUGCUUACAACUUGAUCUUUUUCAGGAGGUUGAUGUUGAUGUAACUGUUCUCUGUUACUAUAUUAUGUUUUGAUUGAUCUGCUAUUUAUAUCAAAGAAUCCACCAAGACAACAUAAGAGCAAGUUUGAGCAAGGGACUAUAGUUGACUAUUGUCGACCAUUGGGUGAUUUUGCCUGGUACCCAGGAUGUAUUUCAUGCAUAGGUUAACAUGGAAUAUUGACUAGUGGUUGACAAAUGGUUGCUACUCUAACUUGCCCAUAAUCAUCAAAUUGCCAUAUUGCAUGACUGUGUUUUGUUUUCUUGAUUUGAGCAUUUUUAUUUGAUACAGUCGUUAUAAUUUUUGCUUUUCUUUUCCUUUCCCCCUAUUUCUCCCUGUGCUGUGUUUUCCUUUGUGUUAUUUCCCCCCUACAGUGGUAGCAGUAAUGAGACGUCAGUAUGACCUACAGUUCACAUCAGCACCAUUGCUUUGUAAAGAACUGCAUGUUGUGUGUGUCCACAAAAAAAAAAUUAUGUCGUUUCUGUCUUUGAUAAAAUAAAGAAAUUGUGUACAGCUGCUGCCUAUAUACAACUUGAGAGAAUCGGAGAGACUUUUUGUACAUACAAAAUAAAUAUUCUAAAUGUAUACAUUUUUUUUGUACAAUUUCCUUUUUUUCCUCUGUAAAUUUUUGCUUUUCCUUUUUUUAAAAGUGUGUGGUUGUUUACAGCAACUUCCAUCUAGGAUGGGUUGUUGUGUAUAAUAUUGAAUAAUAAUGUGUGAUUGGAAGCUUAUAUGAUGUCUGUGGUGUAUUUUCAACUCUGAUGGUGCAUUAUGUGUUUGAUUGAACAUUGUGUCUUAAAUGUAGGACAUUUUUUAAGGCAGGCAAAAGCCACCUUUGUAUUUUAAAGGUAAUUCAUGAUGUCGUUUUAUCGAUGCUCUCUCUGUUUUAUUUUUCUAUUAGUUCACUCCCAUUUUGUUUUUAACAAUGACAGUUUUAUAAAUGUAUAAAAUGGGAUGUGAUUUCAAACGGUGCUUUGGUUUAAGAUUUUUGAGAAAAAAAAGCUUACGCCAAGGUUGUUUUUUCAUUUCUGUCUGCGUUAAAAUUUUGUUUUUUAUCUGCUAGGUGAUAUGUGUUGAACAUACCUUGGGAUUUUUAAAACCAAAGAUUUUUUUUCUUCAGAUUUCACAAUUACAUGAGGGAUGAGCAGAAUGGUUUUGGUUUUAUUCAGUACGUCUUGUUUUCCCCAAUAGCACUGAAAGCACUGAGUAAUCACACAUCGGUGUAAGGACAAAACCAAUAAUGAAAACAGUUUUUCAAAUAAAUGAGUCAUGAAGUAAUGGAAAGAUCGGUUGCAGAAUUCUCGCAAGGAAAUGGAAUGACUGGGUUGUGUACAUGUACAUCGUGCUGAGUAGAUCAGAAUUGUACUGUCUUAGAGAACAAUUUGGGCCUUCUUUCUAUAACCCCUCAAAAAGACCCUUUACAACAAACAUGAACUGGUUGAAAUUGAAGGUCAGUUUCAUUGUUGAUUGUGUGAAGAAAGGUGAACAAAUUUGAGUCACCCGACUUGUAACUCUUCUUAAAGAUGGGUUUGACGCAGUCUGAUUUCAAUUCAGUUCAGUCGUUCAUUUAUGCUCACAUUAAAUAAACACAUGUGGAUUCCAUUGGAAACUGUGAAGUAUUUUACCGUGAAAAGGCUUUGGUUUAUAAAACUUGUACAAAAUAAAUGUACACGAGACUGUAGGCCUAAUUGACAUCCAAAUCAUGCUCUUGUCAUUUGAGGGGGAACAAUUGAUUGAAGAACAAAAGAUAAGUUAAUCUAAAACAAUUCCUGUAAUUAUGAAAUCAUCCAAAUUGAUCAAGACACCAUAAUUUUUUCUAUAAAUAAUAAAACUUAUGUUUUUUUAGAAUAAUAAUUUCAAGGUAGCAGGGAGUCUUAAUAGUUGUACUGCAAAUUAUGUUUUUUUUUUUCUUAGAUUACCUUGCCAAAUUAUUCCUCUGCUUUGUAUAAAAAUUUAAGUACUACUGUUCUGCCCUCAAGAUGGGCUGGACGAAUACCAGUACGAAUCAAUGAGAAGUUUCUGUAUAUAUUAUGUAUAUGAUUCCGGUAUUAGGCGUGCAUCUAAGCUUCUGAAAUUACUUAAGAAAUUUGUAUUUAUAAGGCUUGGUAAUGAUUUUAAUGAUUGUUUUUUCAUCAAGUUUUGCUAGGAGGUGCUUUAUAAGUAGCUUUAGUAUUUUGAUUUGGGACGGUUUGCAUAAAUUAAUUGAGAAAGUUUUAGAAGCAUAGAUUGGCUUUUUAGUUUGAAAGGUCAAACCAAUAAGGUUUAUGAUUUGCAUAUAUAGAUGACUAAAUUUUUGGUGUUCUCUUAUUCUCCUUCUUUGAAAAGAAUUUGCAAUACAAUAUAAAGUCUUCUGUCCCGCCAAGUAAUUGGUUGUUUUUUAAAUAAAAAUUGUUUUUUGAAGCUUCUGAACUGAAACCUCUAACCACUACUGUUGCAAUCUAUUACUAUAGUACUUUUUCUGGACCAAUUUGUUCAAUCCCUCCCCUAAUAACAAAAGUCAAGAAAAACAACAUUUCUGAGAAUUUCUCGAAGGUUUUGGCUUAAGAAUGAACCGAUUCCCGGAUGAUAGUGUCUGGUCCCCCCCCCUUUUCUGGUGCUUUUUAAAGUAUUCAAUUGUAAUCAAAGCAAUAUCAAUCUUAAUCUUCUGAGUGUUUUUCCAUCGAUCCCCCAUCUCCCUGUAUUAAUAACAUCUUUCUAUGCCUUCUCAUUAUAACACUAUCCAUUCAAAACGACAGACUUCAAACUGUGGGCUUAAUUGCAAAGAUCGCCAAAAUACAUUGGCAGAGGUUCACUUGAACUUUGUUUAAAAAAAAUUGCUAACUGCUGACGGCCAAUUUGAUUGAAUGGCUAAAGCAUGCACAAAGUUACUAUUAAGCACAGACGCAUUGUUCCAUAGUAGGAACAGGUCACAAGUCACAUUUGUAGUUAAUGUAAUUUAUGACUAAUCUUCGCGAUCAUUUCUCCAAUCUCACUGAUCUGCAAAGAGUACACAUGAUUGACUAAUAACAAACUCGCCUAGCAUAAAUUGUUUUCUCAACCAUUUUGCCAGUUGUUGACUGCUGCGCUGGUUUGCUAAGCAAACAAAAUUGUUAAGCAUUUUUUUUAUACUUGCAGCUGCAUUAUGAAAUAAGGCCCAGAGCUGGUCUCCAAAAUUGUUGACUAACGUUUUGUUGAUUAAGCAACUAUGCAAUGUGUUAAGUUAUGAACACUUUGCACUGGAUGGCACAACAUCAGUGACGUCUUCUUAGUGGGGGUACUCAAGUGGAAAAGUUAUCAGAGUUGAGUUGCUUUAUAAAUCCUCAACUUGAUGUUUGCGUUUGGUUAUUAAUUUCCACUCAAGUAAACAACAAGUCACAAAACAUUGGCUCUGAAGAAAAUAAAACAGGGUGGGUGUAUUCAUGCAAAACUAGGAUCCUGAAUUUUGUUUUAUAUUACUUGUAUAACUUGCAGUUUAUAUGACCCCGAUACUGUAUUUUGCGUUAUUAUUUGAUGAUGCACCUCUUAACAAAUGGUGCAGAUUUGACUUGUUUUUAUUGAAUGACUUUGUAAUUUUUCUAAUCAACGCAAUGAAGCUUCCUUUAAUCUGAUUUCUUAAUCUUCCAUUGAUGGAUUCCACCUAUGUUUAAACCAGCCAAGCCUUCUCAAUUCCUAUCCAAGCCAUUAUCAUUAUUAAGUUUUUUUUAUCUGAUGGGUUAUUCCGAUGGGAAUAUUUUGUAAUAGUUGGAGUGGUAUUUAAAGUAAUGACCUCAAAAUACUUGGGGUCGUCUUUUGUACAUAUUCAAUUUCUCAUCAUGUGUGUUCAAGCAACUUGAAUGUUUAGUAGUACUUUUAACAUGUUUAUGAAAUCAUGGUAUAAAAAAUGCAGUAUAAAUCUACAGAGAAAUUCACCCAAAAUUGUCGGAGCGGUUUCACGAUCUCAUUUAACUGAUAACGACACAAGCGGGACGAAAAUUAAUUACUUGAAAUUUGUACAAAAAAACACAAAAAAUAAUGAAAAUUAUAUAUUGAAAUCAUGCAUAUGUCCAAAUUUGGUGUUUGUCGCAUAGAGAUAUAUAUGUACAAUAUGAAUAGAAACAGCUUCUAGUACUUAUGAACAUGCUGAGAAAAUACAUUAACUGUAAUUUGUAGAAGUGUAGUUAGAUUAUGUGUUUUAUUGGACAGUACUUUCAGGGCCAACUGUUCAGAGAGUUACAUUUUGAAAUGAUUGUCAAAACCAAUUGCAUCUUUGGCCAAGUCUGUUUGUAUCUUCAGCUACAGUAAUAGACCUAAUGCAUUGACGUCAUCCUGCCGCCAUCUAGAGGUAAAAACGAACAGAUUUGUAUACGCAACAAUAAAAACUAACAGAUUUGUAUGCGCGGCGCACAGAAUUGGCCAAUUAACGGCCGUUUUUUGUUUUACCUCUAGGUAAGGGCCCCAUACUGGUAUGACAUCACGUGCAUAAAGUCGAUAAGAUCUUAUCACUUCACUCAUGGCCUGAUAGACCUUUACAGACCAUCUCAGUGAUAGUUGCUGACUUCAAACAUGAUUAAGGAACUGUGGAUUGAAAGAGGGCCGACCAUCUUUCAUUCUAAGCCUCAUGCAGGGUAUGGACCUUUGCUUUUAUUCACCAACUAGUGCUUGGCAAGCUAGUGCUAAACUGAAAUGUGGGUGGAUUUAAAAGACCAAGAAAAGGGGUCUAGGCAUUUACUCAUUACAAAUAAACGAAGAUGGUUUCUUGUCCUGUAAGGGCUAUGGGCCCCCUGUGUGAGUCGUGUUGAAGUAUACGUUCAUAAAGAAUGUGACGUAGCCAAGGAUGCUGUAAAAAAAACACAGCUUGAUUGUCUUGGCUAUGGUUUUGAAAAAAACAACCAAUUUCUCUCAAUGUACUAAAAUUAUAACCAGAAAACCACAAGAUUAGUUAACAAACCAGCAUAGCAAACACAUUCCCAGCUUCCAGCUUUAUAUAUAUUUCACUUCCUGUGGGUUGAGAACUAAGUAGUUAAUCUCUGUUAAAUGCUUUAUUGUGUAUUGCGGUGGUGCAGAACUUCAUGAGUGUAUUAUAAGGUACAGUGGCACUGAUAAAUAGUGGCACUUUAACGCUCCAGUUUAAGGAUCCUCAUUAAAAUAUCCAUCAAAUUUGGAGGAAAAUUUGUGAAAAUA